AUGCCGGUGAAACUUGCGGAUAUCGUUCGACUAAAAGGCGACCUGGUCACCGCCCUCGCCCAGUGUGCCACGAAUAAGACACUUCGACACGGACUGGCCGAAGAUUUUCUUCUUCCCAUUCUCUAUUUUUGCAUUGGAUGUCGUGAGCAUGAGAUGAAACCGAUCGAACAGUUCGUUCAACACGAAAAAGUGGAACUCGAGAAAAAUCUGCUAAUGGCGUUGCCGCGCCUCGAGGAUAAUCUCGAUGCGCAAUACACAGGACUCGGCGUCGAGAGUGUCAUGCGUUUCAGGCAGCUCCGCUCGGCUCUUCAAUUCCUUCAAGACGACAUCGUCAACGAGCAACGCGAUGAGGUGAAGGUAAAAAUGGACGAGCUAAUGGGCUCGGCUUUUCUCAAGGAUGUCGACAAUGACCUGACACACUGGGCCGAGGACCGUGAAUGGGACUAUGAUCGAGACUUCGAUCUGCGCUUCGUGCCGCUUUCGCAUCACUGGUGGCUCGAAGUGCAACGCGAGAAGUCGCGAGAGAAAUUCGGUUUAGUUCAACCAUCC